AUGGCUGCAUCACUUUAUAUUAAUGAUGAUGAUGAUGAUGACUACAUUCACACAUAUCUCUAUCCUGCUAGUGCAGCUGCAUCACAGGCAAAUCGAGAGGAAGUGGAUUCUCGAUCAGUGUUUGUUGGCAAUGUGGAUUAUUCCUGUACUCCUGAAGAAGUACAACAGCAUUUCCAGACAUGUGGUACAGUGAACAGAGUCACUAUUCGGACUGACAAGUAUGGCCAACCAAAGGGUUAUGCUUAUGUGGAGUUCCUCGAAGUAGAGGCUGUUGAAUUGGCUCUCCAGCUGAAUGAAUCUCAACUACGUGGACGUCAAUUAAAGGUGACUGCUAAACGGACCAAUGUACCUGGGAUGAAACUACAUCGUGCUCGUCGACCCAACCCCAAUAUGCGAUCCAGAAGCUCCCUUAUACCUGGUCCCUUUGUAUUCUCCCCUUAUGGAUAUGGGGAAGCUUCCAUUGCAGGUUUUGCUACCGGUAGCUUGUUUGGUUUGGCUAGCUAUUUCUUGCUGCUUAUAUCCCAUUACAUGAAAUUAAGGAUGUGAUAUGACCUGGUUUUGGAACUCACAGAAUAUGGUGAGUUUGCAUAGAGUUUAAGAGAAAUUGGAGGAAGGGUAUAAAAAAUUAGUUGCUGCUAUUGUUGUCCUGCCUAGUAAAUUGAUUAUUUAUGCAGAAACUGGAAGCGUAGGUUUGUAAUUUUCCUUGCAUUUGAAUGUUGGGAGACGUUAUGUAUAACAACCAGUGUAUAUCUAUAAUCUUUUUACAAAUUUAAUUAGGUAUUUGUAUAUCU